GGGGGGGAGGUCAUGCGCACGCGCGGUGGGGCGCCCCGCAGGGCUGGAGCUAUGAAGAGACACGUGGUGUUGACGGGGCCGCCAGGUGUUGGAAAAACCACUUUGAUCCACAAGGCUAUGGAUGUGCUGAAAUCUUCUGGGAUUUCUAUUGAUGGAUUUUACACAGAGGAAGUCAGACAAAGUGGACGAAGAGUGGGAUUCGAUGUUGUUACUUUGUCUGGUAAGCGAGGAACUUUGUCCAGAACUAGUAAUGAUUCAGGUGGUGUGAACAGAGCUCGACGUGAAUACAGAGUCGGUCAGUAUGUAGUGGAUCUUCCAUCGUUUGAACUCCUGGCUUUGCCACUUCUCAGAAAUAUUGAUGCUGGAGAUAGUACUGGGAAUAAGGUAUAUGUGAUCGAUGAGAUUGGGAAAAUGGAGCUCUUUAGCCAACCCUUCAUCCAGGCAAUACGUCAAAUCCUCGAUGGAGCAGGUUCAACAAUACUCGGGACCAUUCCUGUGCCUAGAGGAAAACCCCUAGGACUUGUAGAAGAAAUCAGAACCAGAAGUGAUGUAAGAAUGUUUAAUAUUACAAAGGAGAAUAGAAACAGUAUUGUACAAGAAAUUAUCUCUGCAGUGCAAGAGUGCAGAAAGUAAAUGGAAACUAACUGGAUCAUCGUGAAGGAUCUGGCAUUUGGCUUUCAUUGUUGAUAAUUACAGGAAAGAUAUGCUUCUAUAAACUGCAACUCUGGGUUUUAUCUUUGCAUUUUUUUGUGGUUUACAUUUGUGGAUUAUUUUUCUUUGCUUCAGUACAACUGUACUGUAUUAUGUAACACAUAAACAUACUUCAAUUUACUUUCACCCUCCCCCUAUACUGGAUUGCAUUAUUUCAAUGGAGUAAUGGAGUCAAGCCAAGCUGACAGCACUGUGUUCUUGUACAAAUGUAAUUUGUAUUUCAUACCCCAGUUUGUGCAUAUUCUGUUAAGGUGUUUGAAAUCUUACAGAAAAUUGCACUUUCUAUAUUGUGGCAUUUAAUCAAUAAAAGCAGACAGAACCCAAGCAGCAAGUGGACAACGAAAAGAUGGGCUGUGAAACCUUAACCCAGUUUAGGAACAACGGUAGAGCCUUUUACUGAACUCAAACUGAAAUUGUAAACAGCUCCAAAAGUAUUAUCACAUGGGUUGAUAAUAAAAGCAAAACUGCUUUGAUAAGAGAAAGUAGUUUUUAGCUUAUUUUUGUAAUUGGACAAAAUCCACAUUAUUAAAUUACCCCCCAUAAGUUUUGCUGCCUGAAUUCUGUAUCCACUUUUAAAACAGUUGCAGCUGUUGCAAAUGCUCUCAUUGCUACCCACAUCAAUAAGUUCCAUGAAAUGGCUGAUAUGAUCAAUCAAAAAAACCCUCUGGGUUGUCUGCGCAAAUAAAAAGUGAAAAUAAAUUUCUAAAAGUUAAAAGUUCAUCUCCACCACAGUAACAACUGUACUGCAAGCUCUGUCAGUGCUGCCUUGAUGUUUGGAUCUGUCUGUCAAUUAAAAUCCAUGUUCCUUU